AGUUACAAUAGUCGUUGUUUGCGACCACCACAGCAUAACAACCCAAUCACCAUGAAGUGUCACAAGCGGCUUACGUUGGACAUCUGGAUACUGCUGGUGUACGUGCUAGAUAUCACCAGCGGUGGCAUCCAGCCUCAUCAGCCCUACGAUGGAUAUAAAUCAUUCCUCGAUACCAGCACGGCCCAUCUGCGCACGUACGUGGCGUCCGGUUCGGUUGCGUCCGGGUCCUCCAGCCAGUUCGGUGGCGUGCAUCACGCCCAACAGCAGACACCGGGGCAGACCUCGCAAAGCAAAUGGGAGGAACCAUACUUUGACGACACAACGCCGAGGAAUGUGACUGGACUCGUUGGCAAAUCCGCUUAUCUGAGCUGCCGGGUGAAGAACCUGGGCAACAAAACGGUUUCGUGGAUAAGGCACCGGGACAUUCACAUACUCACCGUCGGCAGCUACACGUACACAUCCGACCAGCGAUUCCAGGCGACGCAUCACAAAGACGUCGACGACUGGACGCUGCAGAUAAAGUGGGCCCAAAAAAGGGACGCCGGAAUCUAUGAAUGCCAGAUUUCUACCCAGCCAGUGCGCAGCUACUUUGUCACGCUCAGUGUUGUAGUGCCAACGGCCACAAUAAUCGGUGGACCAGAUCUGCAUGUGGACAAGGGCAGCACCAUCAACCUUACCUGCGCGGUCAAGUACAGUCCGGAGCCGCCAGCGUACAUCUUCUGGUAUCAUCAUGACGAGGUGAUCAGCUACGAUUCGAGCCGUGGAGGUGUUUCGGUCAUCACGGAGAAAGGUGACGUCACCACCUCGCACCUGCUGAUCCAGAAUGCUGAUCUGGACGAUUCGGGCAAGUACUCCUGCUCACCGUCCAACGCAGACGUGGCCAGCGUGCGUGUGCACGUCCUCAACGUUCGCGCGGUCGUUUCAGGUGAACAUCCGGAGGCGAUGCAGACUGGUGGCGCCACGGCAGUCGUUUCGUCGGACGCUCUCUUGUUACUACCACUGAUCCUGCUCGCACUACUGCUCCUCACGAUAUCUCCAUCAGCAUCGAUGAGCGUCGUUUCGCCGAUUCCCAGUAGAAAACUCGACCGACAACCGACCUCAAGCGAACGAAACCUAUCGGUGACGUUGGCUUCAUUCACCACCGGUGGGUGGAGUAGAGACCAGGCGCUUCUUCAGCAUGGGGUAGCUUCAAAUAUUCACCACCACAUUACCGUCACUGUCUGCAUCGACGAACGGACGUCCGUACGGUGUGAUUCUACGAGAUGAUAAACCCCCCAUAGAUUUGGAACCGAGAGCAGUAGUGUCUGGCACCGAAACCAGGACAGGGGGUCAUAGUUUUUUGUUUUUGUUUUUGGCUUUCGUUACCAUAGAUAACUUUACCUUUUCUCCACUACUCUGAAUGCUAGAGAAGCAGCAAUCGUAGUUUUGCCAUGGGAGGGUACGUUCAUAAAUCCGUUCCAUGUCUCGGGAGACAUCGGGAGCGUAAGUGUUUGUGAGAGGAUGCGAUUUUCUCGCUGUCUAUUGUGACAGGUACUAGGUGAAAUGGUAGUAUAGCAUCAAGCACAUAUACUUUGGAAUCGGUUGAAAACAGAAGCAGAACAUAAAGCUUGUUGAUAGACAUGUGGUUUUAUUGCAGUUGUUGGUUGAAAUUAAUUUGAUUUGUCUCAUUGUUUUCAAAUUGAUUGGCAUAUGCUAUGUUUUGAUAUUUUUUUCUCGACCGAACAUCGUAUAUUAUUUUACUUUUAAUGAAUCUUCAUUUUUAUUUAUUUUGCUGCAAAAGAAGAGUUUUGUUUGCUCUAUAUAAACCACAGUCCCCCUGAAACAACCGAAUACGAACGGUACAAAUUUAACACGUGCCCAUGUUGACUUAGAACCAUCGAAAUGUUAUUAUGCCACAAAAUACGUGAAGGAUAUUUGUUUACGUUUAAUGAUCGUUUUUAUAUUGUUGUUCACAGGCACGAAUAAAACCUAUAGGAAAAAUAUUUUUUUGUCCGUACUUACACUUUGAAACAAUUAAAAAAACGAGAUCGUUAUCUUUCAUCUCACCAAUGCGAAUGUUUUACUAUAAUUUUUGUUUUCAGCAUUUAGAUAAAUCAAUCAAAUUGAUGAUAGAAUAAGUAAAAAACUGCAAAAUUGGUAGCACUAGGAUGACUGAGGAAAAGCAACUUUACACUCACAAUAUCUUGUACAUUUAAGAAUAUGAAAAAAAAAAACAUACAAUCCUAAGGCUCAUACACUCAACAAAACGUAACAACCACAUUAAACUGCAAAAUAGAAAACCCCUAAUCACUACACAACUAUUUCUACACCCGGUACAUAACAAAAAUACACACACAAACAAAAACGACAGCAACACUCAACAACAAAAUGUCAUUAAAAAAAAAAACAUAAAAAAAAAACAAGUUGAAUGAUGACAAGCGAGAUUUUAAUCGUGGUGUAGUUUUUGAUGCAUAAAAAAAUCUAUAUAACACAAUUUCAUGCAGGCAAAUUUGGAUUGGUCAAGUUGUAAAGUUUGCGGUAGAGUAUGAAAACAUUUGUGUGUGGCAAUUAGUACUGAAUGAGCUUAAUUUUCCUCUUUCGUUCAUUCAUCUUACCAACAGAGCUGUACUGUACAUAAUACUAUACGAUUAGAAUCUUUAAUCACUUCACUAUUGUUCCGAAAAAGCACACACACACACAGAACAAGCAACGAAACAUUUUGAUGAAACGUAAAAUGGGAAGCAAUAUGAAUGAAUGCGUUCGAAUAGAAAAAGACAAAUUUUGCGAAUGUAUUUGCAAAAAGCAUAAAUGAAAGUUGUUACUAGUCUUUGCGUGCAGCAAAGAUUUAAAAACAAAUCACAAUCAUCGGAGGAAAUUAAAUGGAAAUCGUUUAAAAUAGAUCUAAUGUUUGAUUGCCAACCCCUAGGACAAUGCCUUUUUUCAGAUAAUUUAAAAUUCUGUGGCUUUUCCUGUUCCACACACCAACUGCCAGAUAAGCCCGAUUGCCAAGAUUCCAAGAAAAUUAAUUAUUUAAAAAGGAUAUGUGAAUCAACACACCACCCGCAACGAAGUUUAUUACAUUUGGUUCGACUAAUUAACUCAUCAUGAUCAACAAAAAAAAAUCUUCACUGAGCGAAAUCAAUUGCGAAACAAUUUGUUCAUAAUCAGCCCAUUUAUGGAAACCCAUUAUAAUGCCAUUGGCAGAUCCCUGGCACGCUUCCAACCUUUCUUCCCACGCGAGGACCAUUCUACCACCCCGAUCAGAAAGCGAGCAUGAUAUAACGUUGGCACACAGUUUCAGUUAACUGCUGUCGGGGUGUUUGUUUUUUUCCAGAUAAUGGGUGCGGUUUUACUUAUCUUUCGCUCUUUUUUUAUAAUGUCGUGCAAUAGCAGCGCUUAUCGGGUAACCAUUUCGACAUCAGCUGGAUCAGUGCCGUAACUACCACAAACCAAAAUCGCUUCUCAGUGGGCUUUCCACCACACGCACUUCAAACCGUACGAAGUGUGUGUGUGCGUGUGAGUGGUUGUGUGCAGGCUUUUCAGUAAGAGUUUGUGGUUACGAAAUCGAGCAGAAAUGAAGGCAGAGAAAUAAAAAUGAUCCCACCGUCUCGAAAGAAGGAUUUUUCCUGUGUGUGUGCUUGGUGUUCGGUUUAACAAUCGUCGGGAUGCGGUUCGGCGGAAGUGAAAUGGUAUAAAAGCGAAAGAGAAGGGAUGGAAAACAAUUUCCGAAAAGCGUGCACCACGACGCUCUACACGCAAUCGCCACACGAGACACGCCUGGGACGCCUUUCAAUAUCAUUAAAAAAAUAUUGAUGCAUAAAUAAUUGAUUCGGUUUUUCACUUCUCUGGUCUGCGUGUGGCUUUGGCCACUCGGCUUCAAACGUUGACCAAAGGCGGGCUUUACUUCCGGCUCAAGCCAGUUUUUUCACAUCACGUUCGUUGCGUUCGUUUCUGUUCUGUGCGAGAUUUUAUACCUUCUUCUACGCUUCGUAUCACUUACAGACGAAAGCUCCUCCAAUAACGAUUCAAAUCAAGUCUCACCGAAACGAAAUACCGAAAAAUCCGAAGCUAAGCAAAGCCUAAGCUACGUGUGUGCCCACUGGCAACACGGAUCCUUCUGAAUCAUUCAACAGUAAAAGCCACCCUUAACCGACACCUUGUAGGUGUUGGGAGAAAAAUGUAACCCUGUAGCUCAAAUGGCACGUUUUCUUUAGCGGAAGCGUUUCCCCACGGGAUAGCACGGCGUACUUGUGCAAACGAACGAGCACAAAUCAUUUCACUCCCGAUCUUUCCGCCCUGCGCCUAAUUCGCAAAGCUUUCGCAGUCAAAACAAAACACAAGCUAAGAAUAAAUUGAGUAACUUUGCAACUUUUGGCAGCCGGUGAAAUGGAAUGAUGCGAAUAUUCGCAAAUGAUUCUUCAACUAGGAUCGCUGUUGAAUGCGGACUCGGAACCGGGAGGGGAGUGGAGGAUGCUUCAUGGGAAAUUGAUAAGAUUGCUUUUAUUGCACAAAAGUGACGAUCGCAGAAAGGUAGGGCUGGAAAGCUUCGAUCGAAAUCCAGAUGCCACCAACCUUAUCCGUGCACAGUGAUGAAGAAGAACUUAAUUGGUGUUUUUGAACUUUCGGGAAAUUGGUAGGAAAGUUGAGGUUUAUAAUUGAAACCAUACAGCAGAGAAGGCAAUCACAACCGCAAGCCUGGCACGGUGGUUCGAGGAAAAGUUUAAUUUUCAUACUGUCGCGGUUUAGCUAAUGAAGAGUUGAUGAAACGUGCAGCAUAAAGAUUGAAAGGAAAUUCAGAGACGGAUGUAGAUAAAAGUGUAUAAAGUUAGUAUAAUACAGGAGGUUCAAACACUGGCAUGAAUUCCGCUCUAAAAAUACACACACACACACUUAAUUUACAGUCAAUCAGCAAGCAUAAAGAUUGAAGUUGGAGGAUAAAUAUCCAUUUUUCGUUGAAUGAUGGGAAAUAUUGACGUUACCAAAAUGUGUACAUAUUACAGUUGGAAGUGAAAGUUAAAUAAAUCCAAUGCAUACCUACGAAAAAACCGUAAUAAUGUAUGAUUUUUUGUAAUCAAGCAAAGUUAUGAAGAACAGAAACAUAAUAAACCCGAAAAACAAUUCUUGAAUCUUGAAUUAAGUGCAUAACUGAAUGAGAGAGCUAAUCCAAAACCAUUCCAAUGGGAAGAAUCGAAUGCGGAAAUAAAAAAUCAUUCGAAACAUUUGUAAAUAUCACUAUGUAAACUACUUCUUGAGUAAAACAUUAACAUACCGACUAAAAACACCCGCAGCGGCUCGCACAGUAUAAAAUCACAUCAGUUACAAACAUAAGAAAAUGAAUAGCGAAACAGCAAAACUUGACGUACAAGAGCAGUUGUGUAUUUGCGAUCAAAAGUGGAGACAAAAAAUAAUUUUGAACCCGUUCCAAAGGAUUGAGGUUUAAAUGCUGUGAACCUGACAAAGAACGCGCGAAAGUGUGAGUGAGAAGGAUAGGGCAAACCCUGCAAGAGGGAGGCAAAAAGCAGAAUGUACUGUAAAGCGAACAAGUGGCAGACAAGUAGAUUGUGAAGUGGUUUGAAGAAUGAUUAAUAAAUAUAGCAUCUGAGUUGAUUAUAAAACUAUA